AUGGCCACCGCAGCGCGCAUCAAGAAGGGCGCUCUAACGAYCUCCAUUAAGGGCACGCGCAACUUCUCCCGCAUAAUGGGGACCAACGUCGUCAAUGCCUCGACUACUAAGAAGAAGACCAGCGCUUACUCCACCGCUGCCAACAAUGACCAGGACUCCGCAGGCCGUGCCAUCGAGCCAUACAAGUCGCGUCACGUUCCAACUGCUAGCGAAGACUGGAUUACUCGAAGCUUCGUCAAGGGUCAGUGGCGUCGUACCGACACUCGAGGCUUGAUUCAAGGCGUGGGUAGCAAGGAGCGGGAAUACAGCACUGGAUCUGAAGACGACACCACCACCCCGCGCGUUAAUGUCAACAAGAAUUGGCAAGUCACCAACACCUUUGGCGUGAUGGCCGCGGACGCAGAUCCUACCACGGAUGGGUCCAAAAACAAGAACGUGGAGCCUGGCAAGGAACUCGCCGUUGACGAUAUUAAUGGCCCCCUUUACGGCGAGACAGCGGUAGAGAAGCCUGCCGCCGAUGGUCUGGAGGACAAGGGCGAUCUCAAGAAGAGCAGCGACUACAAGGCUCCGCGCGACGCUGAUGAGAUCAACGCAAAGAAUUCAAAGCCGGGCAAGAAGACUGGAGAAGUCAAGGGUGAUUGGAAGUCCAAGGCACUCCAGCUUCUGGACGAUCCUCCACGCUUGCUGGGAAAGGCUUCAAAGGCGAAGGGUGCUUCGAGUGAGUCGGGAAAGGUCUCGAUGGUCAAGGAAGCUAAGGGUAUGGCGGUCCAGUGGGAGGGAGUGUUGGAUGUGUUGGCAGAGGUCUUGACUCCCAAGAAGGAGGAGGCUGCUGAGGGCGAGUAUGUCGAGUGGAGCUGGGGAUAUGGCAGCUACCCCUACACUCGUCUUUUCUAG